UCCACCAUGCUGCCCGCUCAGGAAUCAUGAAAACUCUCAAUGAAAACAACGAGGAGGAGGAGGAGAAGGAGGGAUCUGGGUGCAACGCCAUGGAGGAAACGGAGAACAAUCUGAAAACGGCCAGGUUGUGGAGGGAUGCCGCCCUCCGCUCCAGGAAGCUGCGGAGCAACCUCCGCCAGCUGACCCUCUGCUCCAAAAACAACCAGAUCAUCCUGCCCGACGAUAUAUCCGACAUAGAGGUGCUCAAUCUGGGAAAUAACUCCCUCCAGGAGCUGCCGGACGGACUGCAGUCCACCCUCAACAACCUGCGCAUCCUCAUCCUCCGCAGGAACAGGUUCUCCGCUGUGCCCAGGGUGUUGCUUGAGCUGGGGCAGUUGGUAGAGCUUGACAUGAGUCACAACUGUGUGAGAAGCCUGCCUGAUGGUGUGGGGCAGCUGAGAAGACUGAAGAAGCUCUGCAUCAGUCACAACAAACUCCAGAACCUUCCAGCUCAGAUUGGAGUGCUUCAGACUCUGGAGGAACUUGACAUCAGUUUUAACGACCUGCACGACUUCCCCAGGUCCUUCACCAGCCUUUGCAAGCUGCGAACUCUGGAUGCAGAUCACAACAAGCUGAACCAGUUCCCUGCUGAGAUCUUGGCCCUGGGGGAGCUGGAGGAGCUUGACCUCUCUGGGAACAAGUUUCAGGCUUUGCCAGCUGACAUUUUGAGGCUGAAGUCCACCAAGAUCCUGUGGCUCAGCAGUCUGCACAUGUCCUCCUUACAUGACACUUUCUGUCACCUGCACAACUUGGAGAGCCUGAUGCUGGAUGGAAACAACCUCACAGUGCUGCCUUCAUCCUUUGCUCAGCUGCAAAGCCUGAAAAUGAUAAAUUUGUCCUCCAACGAGUUUAACGAAUUUCCACAGGCUGUUUUAAGCAUUACGGGAUUAGAGGAACUGUACCUGAGCAGGAAUAAACUGACUAAUAUUCCAGAGGGAAUUGCUCAGCUGGUGAAGCUGGUAAAUCUCUGGCUGGACAACAACAACAUCACUCAUCUACCUGAUUCCAUUGUGGAGCUGGAGAAGUUGGAGGAACUUGUUUUACAGGGUAACCAAAUAGCCAUUCUUCCAGAUCAUUUUGGCAAACUGUCCAGGGUUAACAUUUGGAAGGUGAAAGAUAACCCUCUCAUCCAGCCUCCAUAUGAGGUGUGCAUGAAGGGAAUCCCAUACAUUGCUGUCUACCAGAAGGAACUUGCACAGUCUCAGCUUGCUGUGAAGCCAUGGCUCAAACUGGUUCUGAUGGGGACAAAAAAUGCUGGUAAGACCAAGCUGAGACAGAGCUUGGUACCAACUGAGGAGGACAUCAGAGGAACCCAGGGAAAUAAAGGAAUAGAAGUCACUAAUUGGGUGGCAGACUCUGAUCGCCAUCUAAUGUUCUUAGUGUACGACUUGUCAGGGAACCUAAACUAUGACCUCAUCAAACCCUUUUUUCUCUCCCCUGGUGCUCUCUAUGUUCUCGUUGUCAAUCUUAGAGCUUACUCGCCCAAGAACUUUUAUGCCCACAUCGGGUAUUUCCUUCACCUGCUGUGCGCUAAAGUCCCCCAUGCUGUUGUGUGCUUGGUGGGGACACAUGCAGACCUGUGUGGAGAGAUGGAGUUGGAGGAGAAAACUCUGGACAUACACAGACAGAUCGGCCUCCAGGAGAGGAGCGACAUUCAAUGUCUAAGUAGCCUGGUCCAGCAGGUAGACCUCGCUCUGGAGCAAGGCUACAAGGUCCGCACCUCCAGCCCACACGUUCUCUUCUAUGGUGUCAGCGACAAGAACCUGAGGCGCAAGAAAGCCCAGUUGCAGUACAUGCUAAACCAGCGAUUGCAGAUCCUAUCCCCGGUCCUGAGCAUUAGCUGCACAAAGACCCAGAAGAACAUCCAGAGGCUGAGGGAGAAGCUCAUGUCUGUUGCAGACCACAGGGAGAUUUUCCCCAACCUUCACCGUGUGCUGCCAAAGUCCUGGCAGAUGUUGGAGGAGUUGCACUUUAAAUCCAAAGAUCUGUGGCUGUCAUGGUGGAGCUCAGCCCGUCUGGGCCUACAGGCGGGACUCACAGAGGACCGACUGCAGAGCGCCUUGUCCUACCUGCACGAGAGUGGAAAGCUGCUCUACUUUGAGGACAGCAUCACACUGAAGGAGUAUGUUUUCCACAAUCUUCCACGUUUUAUUGCAAUUCUUAAUGUCUUCUUUCAGAGGGACAAGUUCACUCUAUUGGACCGGCUGCUGUCUGAAGGGGAGAAGGGUGACAAGGGGAGAGUGAGUCUAGUUAUUGAGGAUGAGAAGGGAGAGAACCUCAGGGUCACUCAUCUUCAGCAGCACCUGGAGGGCUUCCUCCAUGAUGGCCUCCUGCCCUCCAAUGUCAUCCGCCUGCUCCUCAGACCACACAUUGAGACACAGUGGGACCUCCACCUCAUUAUGGAGCUCCUGGAGAAGAUGGGUGUCUGCUACUGCAUCAACAAACCUCGUACCAAGCCCUUGAAUGGCGCCACAGUGUGGUACAAGUUUCCCAGCUAUGUCAGCAGCGAGGAGGCUCGGUUUGAAGACUCAGUGGAAGGAAACUCUCUGAAUCUUAGCCCCUUGUUCUCAGUGGAGCAGCUCUACAUCCAGUACAGCUUCCCUUUCCUGUUUCCUCCUGGACUUUUUGCACGCUUCAGUGUGCAGAUCAACAACCAUGUGGUCCAGCGGUCAGAUGGCAGGCAUCAGAUAUUUGCCUAUCGGGGGAAGGUCCCAGUGGUGAUCAGCCACCAGCCCGCUAAGGGGAAGCUGUUCAUGGAGACUUUGUCCAUCGCCAGCCACGCCUCACUGCCUAACAUCUGGACUGCCUGGCAGGCUGUCACUCCACUGGUGGAGGAGCUGAACAUGCUGCUGCAGGAAUGGCCUGGCCUGCACUAUAAUGUACAUAUUCUCUGUUCCAAGUGCCUCAAGAGAGGGUCGUCCAACCCGCAUGCCUUCCCGGGUGAGCUGCUGAGCCAGCCGCGGCCCGACGGUCUGACUGAGAUCAUCUGUCCAAAGAACGGCUCGGAGCGAGUCGACGUGGCCCUGGUUUACCCCCCCACUCCCACAGCUACGAGCCCCAAGUGACUCCACUGCCCCCCCACCCCCCCUCACCGCAACCCUCACAUCCAUCUACACAAAAACAUGGCUGCCCUGGCUCGUCAUGCCGUGUCUCCAGACACCACGUCCCCAACCGCUCCUGCUGUCCUCCUCCAUCAUCAUCACUGCUUCUUCUGCCAACACUGGAGCUCACAUCAACGUUUAGGUUUGUGGCUCUGCCUGUUGGCGUCAGCCUGGUGCAGACGGAGGAGGGUCUCAGCAUUCUGUAGCAUCAACCACAAACGCUGUUUCAGAAGUUUCUCCCUGGAUUCUGAGAUGAAACAGUGAAUCGGAAUCGCAGUCUCAAACUCAUGGUGCAUUUAUUUGGUCAUUUAUCAACAGAAACUUGUGAAGCAGAGACUGUUCUCUUCCCCCUGAGGAGAACCUGCUGAGCGGUGGGAGCCAGGUGAAGAAGGCUCCCAUCCUGAAUUCAACAUUAAGCAGAAAGUUUCUUGGACACCGCUCAUCAUGGCCUUGUGGUCUUGCACUUCAUCAGACCCUGAAUGACGGCUAGUGAUCCACUAAUCUCCUCUUUCUUACACGCCCUUCAACAGGCCACAUGUUAGCAGAGCAGAGUGUUCACAUUUUUCUCUCCACUGCCACCUCUGGCUGAACAACUGAACCGUUCAGAACAGUGACUGCUUUGAAAGGGUGAGAUCUGGUUGUUCCCACUCUAAAGAGCUGUUCUGCAGGAUUAAACUAAAGACUGUUUUCUUUCAUGUAAAUAAUAUCUUUAUUUUUCUACUUAGACACAACGUGUCAAGCUGUGGCAUAUUUACAGUGCAAUGCUGUGCAUGACUCGAGGGACAUGCACAAAAGGUUUUAUAUGUAGCUGGUUUCAAUAUGAAUACCAAAUAAAUCGAUAUCUGGCUUUAA